GCCCUUUGCCCGCGGAGCAGGAAGCCGCUGCCGGCGCACGGCGGGCGGGAGCGGGCGGCUGCAGGUUUCUGCUGUCAUGCCUGGAGUGACUGUGUGGAGAGUGCGUAGCCACCGAGAGCACUGCAGGAGCAUGAGAAGCUGAAAGUACGGAGAUCUGCACCAGGAUGAGUCCCAUAACCUCCACAGCUUGGUACAGCCAUGGGAGGAAUGUAGAGCUGAGUGGUCACAAGGGAAAAUAAGUAGGCAAGGAUUCCUGGUUGCUGAACCUGAUGUAACUGCACAGAUGGACCAAGGAGAAGAACAACAUCAUGAGGCCUCAAAGGAGACACACAUGGAUGAUGAGCUAGGUCCCCUUCCAAAUCACCUUGCAAGCACAGAUCUGCAGGAUAUGUUGGCAGCAGGAUCCAGAGGAGGAGAGGAACAGUUGGGGAACAACCAUGGAAGUCAGCAAGAUUCCUCAAGGGCUCAGCAAGGUGGCUGUGAGGAAGAAGGGGUGACUAAGCCGCCUUGUUCUAAUAUCAUCCUGGUAAAAAGACAGGACAGAAGGACAUCAGCAGCCUCACAGCGCACUGCUUGUGCAGGGAGACCCACCAUCUGCUCUGAGUGUGGAAAGGGCUUCAGUCGGAGCAUCCAUCUCACCCAGCACCAGCGAAUGCACACUGGGGAGCGCCCCUUCCUAUGUGGAGAUUGUGGCAAGGGCUUCAGCCAGAGUUCCCAUCUCAUCCAGCACCAGCGGGUCCACACAGGCCAGAAACCCUACACCUGUGUUGAGUGUGGGAAGAGCUUCAGCCAGAGCUCUAACCUCCUCAAGCACCAGCGCAUCCACACCGGGCUCAAGCCCUACAUGUGCAGUGAGUGUGGCAAGAUCUUCAGUGACAGCUCCACCUGCAUCAAGCACCAGCGAAUGCACACAGGCGAGCGGCCCUACAAGUGCCCAGCCUGUGGGAAAAGCUUCAGCCAACACUCCCACCUCCUUCAGCACCAGCGAACCCAUGAUGGCAUCCGGCCUUAUGCCUGUGGGCAGUGUGGCAAACAUUUUGGGCAGAGCUCUGACCUCCUUAACCACACUCGUACCCACACUGGUGAGAAGCCUUACAAAUGCAGCCAGUGUGGCCAGGGCUUCAGUGGCAACUCCAACCUCAUCAAGCAUAUCCGUAUCCACACUGGGGAGCAGCCGUACCACUGCACCCAGUGUGGGGAGAGUUUUCGUUUCCAGCCCCAGCUGGUGCGCCACCAGAAGCACCACAUGGACUAGCUGGUGGAGUGGAGAAGGCUUUGUGGACCAUAGGCAGCUACCUCGUGUUGGGAAGAUGCACAACUGCUCCCUGGACACCUCAUAUGGGACAUGAGUUUUGCGGAAGGGAGCCCUCAGAGCCUUGUCCUGUUGUGUUCUGGGUAACUCUGAGCACUGUCUGGGCAGUUGAGCAGAGGGAGUCUGCUGCAAAACAAGCUAUGUUCACUGUGAUGCAGUGGUUGUUCUGAGCCCCUCUUUCGGGGAUAGGAAGAGGAAAGGUGCUUAUAUGGUACAGUAUAUUCAAGGCCAGAGAAGAGAACAUAGGACCGGUGUCUUUCUCUGUUAUUUCUACCAGGGAAUGGUUU